GCGCAGACGCGAAACAAGGCAACGUUGGCUGUCAACAGAAAUGCCUGACACGGUGUUUGAAUAUGUAAUAACUUAAUAUUCUUAAUCAAAAUAAAUGCUAGGAUCAAAUCUAAAAUAUAUAUUUUAAAAAGGAGGAAAAGAAGUUAUAAACUCUAAAUACGCUUAAAAUGUUUUUAUUAGUUAUAUUUUAGAACAGGCAAUAUUUAGGUUGACCACAAGAUGUUCUGGUCGAAACGAUGAAUUUCAAAAGUUUUAAUAAAAUGCCGUUUGCGUAGUAAAAGAGCGAGUUAACGUUUUUUAACAGAGAAACACGUGUAAUAUAAUUGUUCCUGAUUUUAAUAUCAAUAUAUGACGUAUAUAAUGAGCUUUUACACCGACUAUAUAAACUGUAACUCAUAAAAAAUAGAACAGACAACAAAUAGGGUUUAUUAUCAAGAGUCGCUGCUGCAGGUCUGAAUUGGGUUUCAAUUUUCGAGAGAAAGUUAUGAACGUUUAUAACCGUUAGUUUGGUUCUGUUGAGACUGAAAAUCUGUAGCUUGGUGUUAAAGUCUUAAAGAUUUUAUUAAACCUGAAAUGAGCAGAAUUUCAGACCAUUGAGAGUGUGUGUGUGUGUGUGAGAGAGAGAGAGAGAGAGAGAGACUGAGACUGAACAUGUCAAUGACGAGAGCUGUUAGUGAAAUGAAUGAAUGACAGGAGCUGAUAAUGUGCAAGUCCACAAUUCCAGUUUAUGAAGACGACAUGGAUGAAGAGAGAGAAAAAAGACGAUUAUAAGCCUAAAGGAUGUGGGAGCACAAAUGGUAAAGGCAGCAUGGAAAGACGAACUCCAAAGAGCACCUAUAACAUCUCUGCCAAUUAUCAGUCACCUCCCUCAGCUAUGCAGGGGUCUCAGACUCAAGCAAGUGAUCUGGAGAUCACAACCAUCCAGAAACAGCGGAUAGAGCUACAGCUCCUCGUAGCAGAACUGAAGGAUCGUGAUCGGGAGCUCAACAGCAUGGCUGCAGCUCAUCACAGACAACUGCAGGCAUGGGAGCAGGAUCGACACAGAGUACUGACUCUGGAGCAGAGGUGUGCACGCCUUGAAGAUGAGCUGAAGAAGCGCAAUCAGGUUAUCAGAGCCAUUAGCAAACGUUUGAAGGAGGCGGAGAUGCGUGAGCAGGACAGCCGCACAGAGCUAAGCAGCAUCCACAAGCAGAUGCAGGAGCUUAGCCAGAGACAAGAGCAUAGCAGCCAACACCACCAAGACCUGGAGGAGAAGAAUCGGAGUCUGAACUCGAGCAUCAUGACUCUCUCAUCCCAGCUUGGCCAAGUUCAGGUUCAUGAGGAAGAGCUGAGCUCCAUACUCAAACUGAAGGACAAAGAUUUGACAGAAGCCACAAAUCGCAUAUUAGAUCUGACUGAUCGUCUACAAGAUUCUGAGUCAUUGCUAAAGAAGUUCCAGUCUCGUGAGAGCAAAAUGUUACAGGAAACAGAGGAGUACAAGCGGCGCUUCAGAGAGGCCAAACAUCAAAAUGCCCAAUUAAAUGGUGAGCUUCAAGAAAAGACUCUAGAGAACAACACACAACGAGAGGAGCUUAUUCGGUUUAGACAAGAGAACCAGCUGCUAAGGAAAGAACUAGCACUCGCAGAUGAGGGCGAAAGUUGGAAGGAAGAGUUACUUGCGCUCGCCCGAUCCAAACAAGAGCGCACAGAAUCGGAGCUUAUCUGCCUGCGCCAGGUGUGUGAGCACCAGCAGAAUGACCUACAGCUCUUGAAACUCAACCUAGAGACGACCAAAGAGGCAUUAAUGCAGUACGAAAGCCAAAGAUCACCUGCAAGUCCUGAGGAUGUGACUUGGAUGUAUAUGGACCAUUCUACACCAUCACCACGGAGGAGGACAACGAGUCCUACACUUGUAGAAGAGACAACACUAAACAAACAGCAGCAGGAGGCAUUCACCUCUUCCACAUCUCGCUUGCAGCGCUUGCUGGCUGAGUCACAGUUAAUGGUGGCAAGUUUGGAACUCUCAUCUGGAAAACCUCAAAGCUAUUUCCAAGGACCUCCAAGUCCUGUCCUGGCUUCCACUUCACAUAGUAACUCUGUCUGCAGCCUCAAUGAUGGCCAGAAUAAUGCAGAGGGUCACGACCAGUUCCAGUCCCCCAGUAAUAGCCAUAAUGAAAGACAAUCAAGAAAGGAUGGUUCUCAAUUGCAUAGCAUUGGCACUUCAUAGAAAACCAAGCAAUAUGAUCAAAAACGCUUUGAAUAGAUGACUUGGGACUUUGACGAUGGACCCACAUGGACAUCUAUAAUAGUGCUUUCUUUGGACAUAGCCGUUUCUUCAAACUGCCAGUGCCAAUGGAAUACAAAUAAAUAGAUUUAAGUCA